CAGGCUACGCCAAGUAUUCCAGGCGGGGGAGCCCCUCUCACUCGUUCUCGGCUACAAGGCAGCAUCACCGCCUCGCCUAACUGAACGAGGCAACGAGAGGAGAGAAAUGCGAAGGGAUGUAAGAUGGCAGAGCUACAAAUGUUGUUAGAGGAGGAAAUCCCCUCCGGUAAACGAGCCCUUGUCGAGAGCUACCAGAACCUUUCCCGGGUGGCGGAAUACUGUGAAAACAACUAUGUUCAGGCCCAAGACAAGAGGAAGGCCCUGGAGGAGACUAAGUCUUACACCACCCAGUCUCUAGCCAGUGUGGCAUACCAAAUCAAUGCCUUAGCCAACAAUGUGCUCCAGCUACUUGACAUCCAGGCCUCACAACUACGACGCAUGGAGUCCUCCAUUAACCAUAUUUCACAGACGGUGGAUAUUCACAAGGAGAAAGUGGCUCGUCGGGAGAUUGGCAUCCUGACCACCAAUAAAAACACCUCUCGCACCCAUAAGAUCAUCGCCCCUGGUAACAUGGAGCGUCCCGUGCGCUACAUUCGAAAACCAAUUGAUUACACACUGCUGGAUGAUGUGGGACAUGGAGUAAAGUGGCUUAAAGCCAAGCAAAAUGGGAACAAUGCUGCAGGACGUGGAGGAGGAACACUGUCUCGCACCAACCCGCCGACCCAGAAACCCCCAAGUCCUCCAAUGGCUGGUCGCGGUACCUUAGGGCGCAACACGCCUUACAAGACACUAGAGCCAGUGAAGCCUCCAGUGGUUCCCAACGACUACAUGACAAGCCCAGCCCGACUGAGCAGCCAGCAAAGCCCUGCACGUACAGCCUCACUCAAUCAGAGGCCCCGCACACACAGUGGCAGCAGUGGUGGCAGUGGAGGCAGGGAGAAUAGUGGAAGCACUGGUGUGGGUGUCCCUUUGGCGGUUCCAACACCUUCUCCUCCGAGUAUGGGCCAAGUAUCAACAUCUUCUGCCUCGGUGCCGCAAGGUCCCGGGCUUGGUCCAAUCCCCAUGUCUCAGUUUGGCACCAUCUCCCGGCAGAUCUCGCGUCACAACUCCUCCACCACUUCCUCAGCCUCCAUGGUGUCUGCCACUGGGACGUAUCGCCGAGCUCCCUCUGUUUCCUCUCAACAACCCCAUGUUAACGGGGGUCCCUCAUUUCCCCAAAACUCAGUGUCUGUGGCUCCUCCGCCUCCUCCGAUGGUCCAGCUGACACCACAGAUCCCCUUAACUGGCUUUGUAGCCAGAAUGCAGGAGAGCAUAACAGAUAGCCCAGCUCCACCUCCACCACCUCCACCUGAAGACUUGGGUGUGUUUGAGGAGCCCUCACCCCCGCCUCCUCCUCCGCCUGUCGACUAUGAAGACGAGGAGGCUGCAGUUGUCCAUUACAGUGACCCUUAUGCUGAUGGAGAUCCCCACUGGGCUCCAAAGGCCUAUUUAGAGAAAGUUGUUGCCAUCUAUGACUACAGCAAGGACAAGGAGGAUGAGUUAUCCUUCAUGGAAGGUGCCAUCAUUUAUAUCAUCAAGAAAAAUGACGACGGCUGGUUUGAAGGCGUCUGCAACGGUGUCACAGGUCUCUUUCCAGGAAAUUAUGUCGAGUCCAUCAUGCACUAUGCUGAUUAGGGUAAAAAAAACACCCAAACCAGGCUUGGGGGUAAAACAAUGAAGGUGUACAUAUGUAUGCGGUUCUUUUCAGCAGUCAUCUCUCAUUUUCAUUCAAGUGCCAUGUCAAAAUCUUUCGGAAUAUACCAUUUCGACUUGGAAGAAGCACAAUGGCUGUUGAAGCUUUGAAAGAGUGAGUUCUGUUAGUUUGCGCUGUUGACACGAAUGGAGGAGUUUUAAACACAUUUCCUAAUGCUGUUAGAUGGUGAAAGUUUUUUAUUCCGACAUUGACUCUUUUCCUCACGAGAAAUGAGAGAACUAAAUAUUUAUAAAUGUUUGUGUUAAUAUGUUAAUGCAGCACAACAAGUAUCAUAUUUGCAGUGUUCAAACCCAGUUCUUCCACAAGGUGCUGCACCACUGACAAUUGAAAUCAUUGUGUUGCUGUGCCCCGUGGCAUUGCAGAACCGCAGACUGGUCAUGUUCCAAAGCUGUUCCCUCUCCUGAAAAAAAACAUCCGUUCUACCUUACCAAAACUGGGGGGAGUUAAUAAGUGCUUGAGCACACGACUGAAUGUCACAAUAGUUUUGCCUCAACCAAGAGAUGUUACUGGGGAAAAAAGCAACAUCGCCUUUCAGGGAUUCAUUGUGAUAUCACCUCAAACACUGAAAAUGUUUUUAUUAGAAGAUCUGCAACCAUCCGUUAUUUACGACUUAUCUUUUUCAGGGAAACUUAUCCUUGCUGUCUUUUAGCUGAGAGGUUGGUUGGACACUGGAUAGCGUCAAUCAUAGGGCAUUCACAAUCACGUGUUACAAUUAAAACUAGCACACAUUAUUUCAUAAUGUGGAAGUAAAUCAAGACUACCUGGAUAAUAGCCCACACAUGCACAGGAGAAAUUCCAUACAGACCGAUCUAACUACAGAACCUUAAACUGUGAGACAGCUAUACUAGCCACCUGUGUAACCGUCCCAUUAUACGGUAUAUAUAAAAAUAUUACAUUAUUUCGCUGGUCACCAGAUCUUCUAAAAAGUACCAUACAUUUUCUGUUUUAGAUGAUAUUUGUGGGAUCCCUUUAAAAGUGUUCAACUGGGUGUGUGUGGAGUAAUAUUUAAAAAAAAAAAUCCUAACUCUGCACUCUAACUUUUACAUGAAGUGAUAAAGUGUUACGUGAGAAGCUAACUGUAAAGUGCAUUUGUCUGUGUCUUUUCACCCCUUGUGAAUAUCCAUCAGUUUCAGUGGAGGUGGUGCCAAAAGUAGAUUAUACAUUUUGUUCAUUUUGACUUGAAUGUGCGUUUUCUUCAUCAUCUCUAGUGGUGUCGAACGUAUAACUUGGAAACUGUCAGUUUGUUUGUUACUUUAUCUGUCACCUUAUCACUGCCACUGCAUAUUACUAAUGCGCUGUCCAGCCAAUGUAGUUGUCGCUUGUCUCGAAGUAUGUGAAGGAGUCAAGUAUGUGCGUGAGAUCACCAUACAGUACAUGAAUAGCUGUGCUCGUAAGGUCCUAGUAUGGUGCUUUUCAUCGGUGCUUAACUACAGUAAUCAUCAACCCGAACAACCUCGAAUCUAUGAAGAAAUGUAACAAGGCAGCCUUGUUUUUCCUCUUGUGAGUGAACGCUCACUCAUUUUGAUUGUAUUAGCCUCAUUGUUGUGAUUGUCGUUGAUUUAAUAGUGACUGGCUAAUACGUUACACUGUAACGACAAAAGUAUUGUGACACCCUUUCUCAAAGAAAUUUCACCUUUGGAUGUGUACGAUUUCAAUAUGAAGAGCCUAAGAUGUGCACCGUAUAUACUCGCGUAUAGGUCGCAAAUUUUUAACCAAAAUUUUCGGCCCUGAAUGGUGGUGCGACAUAUACACCCGACAUGCUGACCACUGCCGAAUUUAGACUGUCAUAAAACUGAAAAAGCAUACAAUUCAGCAUUAAAUACGAACGCUAAAAUAAAAAAAUAAAAAUAAUCUACGAAUGUCUAAUAAAAAAAAAAAAAUACAACCUCUCGUACAACAACAAAAAUAUGCACUGUAACUUUAGACAAGCAGUACUUAUUAACAAAACUAGCCCAAGGAAGAAAUAAAGACCAACAUCACAGCCGAAGCGGCAAAUGUGUACCAUAGACAACAGGCCAUGUAGAGGCGUUCUCGUUAGCAUUAGCCUUUAGCGUGGCGAGCGUCAUCUUAAACUCUCAGGCAACCAUAACACCUCUGCUUUCAUGGUUGCUGUGGACUCAAAUGAUGUGCGUCGAUCCUCUCUCACAAAUCCACAAGCAAUCGUAGCUGGGCUGGGAUGCAGGGGGGCUGCAGCACUAGCAGCUAGCUGGCUAGUGUCAGCUUCUGCCGCUUCGCUUACAUUAGCGGCUUACUGGCUGACUUUAGCUUCUGUCUCUUCAGGCUUGUGAGCAGCUGGCUGGUUUAAAAAGGGUAGUAAUAUCUUCAUUUAUUUUGCUUGCAAUGAAAAAACACAAAAGAGAAUGGGAAAAAAAUAUAACAUAAUUAUCGUUUUAGACAAAACUCCAAAAAUGGGCUGGAUAAAAGUAUAAGCACCCUUUGAAAAAUCUUGUGAUGCUUCUUUAAUUUGUGUAAUUACCAGCACCUGUUACGUACCUGUGGCACAUAACAGGUGGUGGCAAUAACUAAAUCGCACUUGCAGCCAGUUAAAGUGGAUUAAAGUUGACUCAACCUCUGUCCAGUGUCCUUGUGUGUACCACAUUGAGGAUGGAGAAAAGAAAAACAAAGAACUGUCUAAGGACUUGAGAAGCAAAAUUGUGAGGAAGCAUGGGCAAUCUCAAGGCAACAAGUCCAUCUCCAAAGACCUGAAUGUUCCUGUGUCUACCGUGCACAGUGUCAUCAAUAAGUGUAAAGCCCAUUGCACUGUGGCUAACCUCCCUAGAUGUGGACGGAAAAGAAAAAUUGACAAGAGAUUUUAACGAAAGAUUGUGCGGAUGGUGGAUAAAGAAACUCGAUUAACAUCCAAACAAGUUCAAGCUGUCCUGCAGUCUGAGGGUACAACAUUGUCAACCUGUACUAUCCGUCAGCGUCUGAAUGAAAACUCUAUGGUAGGAUACCCAGGAAGACCACCCUCUGACCCAGAGACAUAAAAAAGCCAGGCUGAAGUUUGCCAAAACGUACCUGAGAAAGCCAAAAACGUUUUGAAGAAGGUUCUCUGGUAAGAUGACACAAAAGUAGAGCUUUUUGGGAAAAGGCUUCAACAUAGAGUUUACAGGAAAAAAACGAGGUCUUCAAAGAAAAGAACGGUCCCCGCAGUCAAAUAUGGCAGAGGUUCCCUGAUGUUUUGGGGUUGCUUUGCUGCCUCUGGCACUGGACUGCUUGACCGUUUGCAUGGCAUUAUGAAGUCUGAAGACUACCAACAAAUUUUGCAGCAUAAUGUAGGGCCCAGUGUGAGAAAGCUGGGUCUCCCUCAGAGAUAAUUGGUCUUCCAGUAGGACAAUGACCCAAAACACACUUCAAAAACACACUUUGAGAGAAAGCACUGGAGACUUCUAAUGUGGCCAGCAACGAGUCCAGAGCUGAAUCCCGUAGAACACCUGUGGAGAGAUCUGAAAAUGGCAGUUUGGAGAAGGCACCCUUCAAAUCUCAGAGACCUAGAGCAGUUGGCCGAAAGAGAAUGGUCUGAAAUUCCGGCAGAGCAUUGUAAAAAAACUCAUUGAUGUAUACCGGAUGCGGUUGUUCGCAGUUAUUCUGUCUAAAGAUUGUGCUCCCAAGUAUGUAUUAGGCUGAGGGUGCCAAUACUUUUGUCCAGCCCAUUUUUGGAGUUUUGUGUAAAAUGAUAAUGAUUAAAACAUUUUUUCAUUCUCUUUUGUGUUUUUUUCAUUGCAGCAAAAUCAAUGAAGUUAUUACUUCCAAAGCAUUUGUAAUUGCAAUCAUUUUUUAGGAGAAAUUGAGCAUUAUCUGAUAUAAUUGCAGGGGUGUCAGUACUUUUGGCCAGCAUUGGCUUUGUUUGUGAUGUAAUAAUUAUCGGUUACUAUGUCUAUAAAUUUUUACUAAAUAAAAAUACACCCAAUAAACAAUAAAAUGUACCAAGUUUAAUUUGUUUCAGUCAUAUUGAUAUCGAAAAUUAGGCCAAAAAUUAGCCCAAAAAUCUCCCAUAUUGUGGUUCAACCUAUACGAGGGUCAACCUAAAAUACCUACUUUUUUAACCUUAAACUAGGAGUCCGACCUAUCUGCUGGAGCCACCUAUAUGCGAGUAUAUAUGGUAGUCUAACUCUGAAGUGAUCCCGUGAUUCAUUGAGAGCUGCACAAAAAUCCCUCAAUGCAGCACAAGCUGUUGUAAUUGAAAUCAAACAGAAAGCCUUAUGUAACUUGCUGUCUGUUGCCAUUACACAAUCAUUUACAGUUAACAUAAAUGAGUACAGCAGAGUUUCUGCUCAGAAUCAGUAUUGCCUGUGAUAAUAUGACACUUUUCAACAGACCACAAAUGUCCAUGUUGGUUCCGGUACACAGUGAAAGCUGGGCAAAGCUAAAAUGUCUAUUUCAGAAAAUGAAGUUCACUAGAGCUCAACGGCUGGUGAGUAAUUGUUAUUGGAAUUCUGAAGUACAUUCUUGUGUUCAUGUUGUCAUGUUACUUUUCCAAGGGUUUGUACUCAUUCAUGUUGAGCACUAUAUAUUUAAGGGGCUUAAUUGUGAAAUUUUAUUUAGAGAAUGAACAAAAAUGAAAUGCCUUUUGUUAUGUUCUUAGUGGAAUAUAUCCCCCCAAACCAUUCAGUAUUUAUUCAUCCACAUGCAUGAACAUUUGUAAACAUUUAGAGUGAAUACAUUCCAAUAAUGAUUGUAGGUUUCCAUCUUCGGUGACUUAUGCGGUGAAAACUUUUUUUUAAAUUUAUGUAAUACUAGCAUUGCAAUCCACUUGUUUGACAUCGACUGUACAAACGUUUGCACACUCUUUGUAUGUGAAGGUUAUAAUUUGUACUUUUUCAUAUAGAGAAAUCAUGGGACACCCACUAAUGUGCAGAACAUUUCAAUGUUUUUCACAAACUAUCAUUUCAGGGUAUCACUGGUCUGAAUGCCUACUUUAUUUUUUGUGUCUUUCGUAUGCUGGGGAAAAACGGUGGGUAAAUUAAGUGUUCAUAAGAAGAGAUGUGAUUGUCCUUUCUCAAUUUGUACAUAAGGUAUGUUCAUUGAAAUUCGUGUACAGUCUUUUUUGUAAUAAACAACUAAUUUAAAGAAAAAAUGUUUUUUUGUGCACAUAAUUCACAAUUUUUACAACAGCAUUUUGUUUCGGUUUUGAAUAACACAACGUAUGCAUUGUGUGUAGAUACAAAUAUAUAAAAACAGUUCAGUUUCAAUAAAGACGCAAUCUAAUUCACAGGCAUGACAACUGGAGCAGAAUGAAACACUUUGAGGUCAAAAACUUGGGCUGCAACUGUUAACGGGGACAUUUUUGUAAUUCAUAAAUUCCCUUUAUUUCCCUCAUUGGCUGACUUAAAUACUGUAUGUCUCCAUCACACACUGUACAUAGGCAAAAUGUGAUUUUGGAGUU